UCCUUCCUGCCCGGAGAGCAGUCAGACACACACACACUGGGCUCUGAACCAACCAGUCGCUGCAAAGAGAGAGAGAGAGAGAGAGAACGAGAUCGGAAAAUAUCAGCGCUCAGCCGAGAUCAACACACACUCCCUGCUGAGAGGAGAGGAGAGCCGAGCGGAGUGGGCUGCAGCCUCCCAGCCUUGGAGCUCAACUCUACAGGCUAUGAACAAUUUCAUUGCAACUUGAGGAAAGCGGCAAGUGUCUGGAGGGGGUGGCUCCUGCAAUCCUGUCCCCACCCCCUCCUCCUCCUCCUCCUCCUCCCCACCGUCUCUCUGUGAAGCCAAGUUGUGUAGUUUGUUGUGAGUGAAGCUUCAAUGUGCUUUUAAUUGCUGCCCGCCUGGACUUGUGUUACUGCAAGAGUGUUUUUUUCCCGUGGGCUGGGACCGCAUGAGGAGGGUCCCCAUGCUACCCUGAGUGCUGGAUUCCGGACUGGGAACUGCAAAGAUCCCUCCUGGACGCUGAACGUGUGUGCAGCCCUUGAGGUGUUUAUCUAUGUUGUUCUGGGGUCACUGGAGAGUUUAAAAGUCAGCCUCUCUCCCUGCCACAUCCACCCCAGGGCACUGGCUACAUCAAAGAGUGGUGUAGACUCCCGCAGACUGGCACCGGUUUAACUGUGAGGCAAGUAGGGGCAAAGAGGGUCUCUGAAGAGGAUGGUUAUUCAAGCACUGGGCAUUUGGAAUCUGCCCAGGUGCCACUCGGAUUUGCAGAAACUCUGCAGUGCUUUGUAGGGCACUGGAGAGGGGGCACUUAACGGGACACAUUGACAUCGCCACCAGCAGCGCCUCAGUUCACCUGCCUCUGUGCCCACCUCCCACUCGCUCGCCCGGAUCUGAGCGAGGGGUCAUGUUCUGAAUAGUCACCCACCAGCGGAUUCAUUGGCGAUGCCCGGGCAGAUUUCUUAACCUUGGCGAGGUGGGACAGCCAACUCCUGGCAGGGGAGGGGAGGUGGGCACCGGGGAGUUUAAGGCUGGAUGUCAAUGCCCCCCAUUACCCAGGGUGCUUGCCCGGCCUCCCGCACUGCCAGCUGCUGAUGCUAUGGCUGCUUGCACCUUGAUCAGCCUGGGCAGAAUGAACAACGACGUCAAGACAGACUGUCCCCAUCGAACCCCCAGGCUGGCGCUGAAGGUGCCCGAGAGACACGUCUCGCGUUGCCAUGUGCGCCUGGCGCCGAGCCCUGGGGUGAAUGGCGGGCGUGGGCUCUCGCCGGCCCGGUCCAGUGAGGACCUGCGAGUGCGCGGCCGAUCCCCAGGGCCAGCCCCUGCUCCAGAGGGAACGUCCAGCUCCCCCCUCAGCCCCCUUCCACAGGGCAAACAGGAGUGCGGAAUCCCUGAAACGGCCGGAGAUCAGCAGGAGCUGCUUCGGCGCAGGAGCCUGGCCAGGAAGUGGCAGUGUUCCCGAUCAGAUGAGGAGAUCUCAGCAGGCAUGGGGGUCACCAGAGGCAACCAGUCGGAGCAGAGCAGGGAUACAGCACUGCUGGCAAUACCAGGCAGCACAUUGAAGAGGAGCACCAUUUCAGGCCAGGAGGAAGGCAGCCAGUUAACCCGGCACUGUCCGAAUGAGGACCAACACCCUGGAGAUCGGCUGAACAGCCUCAGGACUCCGUCUCCGGCCUGCCCUCUCCCCUGUCACCCGUUACCACCUCCUGCCACCCAGUCCGGCCUGGUGGAGAUCCCCCACGUCAUCGUGACAGAGCACGGGCAUGACGACAGCAGGGGGGAGGCCAACGAUGACGGGAAUCCCAAUGGUCCCCGGGUUUUCAUCCGCAAACUCUCCUCCUCGUCAGCCUCCUCCGCUGGCUUCUCCUCCUCCUGGGACGAGUCGGAGGAAGACAUCUCGAGUGACCCGGACAAAGGAGGGGAUGCCAGCUCAGCCUUUCUCCAGACCCUGGAGCACCAGCCGAAACCCAGGGUGAGUAAAUCCUGGAGGAAGAUCAAGAACAUGGUGCAUUGGUCACCCUUUGUAAUGUCCUUCAAGAAACGGUAUCCAUGGAUACAGCUAGCAGGACAUGCAGGUAGCUUCAAGGCUGGAGCAAAUGGAAAGAUUUUGAAAAAGUAUUGUGAGUGUGAGCAGAGGUGCCUGGACCAGCUUAUGGAUGAUGCUCUAUGCCCCUAUGUGCCAGCUUACCACGGUGAGGUGGAGAAGGAUGGUGAGAGGUACAACCAGAUGGAUGACCUGUUAGCAGAGUUUGACCUGCCCUGUGUGAUGGACUGCAAAAUGGGAGUCAGGACCUACCUGGAAGAGGAGCUGACUAAAGCAAGGAAGAAGCCCAGCCUGAGGAGGGACAUGUAUCUGAAGAUGGUAGAGGUGGAUCCAGAUGCACCAACAGAGGAGGAGAAGGCUCAGCGUUCUGUAACCAAGCCGCGCUACAUGCAGUGGAGAGAGACCAUCAGCUCCACCUCUACUCUUGGCUUCCGGAUCGAGGGAGUCAAGAAUGAAGAUGGGACUGUGAAUCGUGAUUUUAAGAAGACAAAAACCAAAGAGCAGGUUGUGGUGGCUUUCCAAGAGUUCACUAAGGGGAACAAGAUUGUUUUGAAAAAGUACCUUGAUCGUUUGAAGCAGAUUAAGGACACAGUGGAGGUCUCACCUUUCUUCAGGACUCAUGAGGUGAUUGGCAGCUCCUUGCUCUUUGUGCACGACCGGCGGGAACAGGCCAAGGUUUGGAUGAUCGAUUUUGGAAAAACGACCCCCCUUCCUGAGGGCCAGGUCCUGACCCACAGGAGCGCAUGGGUAGAAGGCAAUCGGGAGGACGGCUAUCUGUGGGGCCUCGAUCACCUCAUUGCCAUCAUGGAGGAUAUGCUAGAGAAGCAGAACUGAGACAGAGCCAGAACGCUCUCCCAGUGAAUUGGACUGGUCCGUGUGCGUCACAGCAUGCUGCACUACAGAAUGUUCUAGAACAGGCGCUCCACCUGCUUCCCCACCACAGUGGGAAGUCUGAACCAUGACAUUAUGUGGCCAAGAUCUACAGGAUUAAUUAGUUCCCUUUCCUGCCCUCUUUAGCCUCCCUCAUGCUCCUUCCCAUCCAUCCCUUACUUUAGUCCCUUUCCCCUUCCCACAUCCAGAUCCUUUCCCUCAGCAAUUACCCCAAAUCUGAUCAGUCCUGAGGCAGAAAUGGCGAGAGAGUUCAGGGGAGAGAGAGAGAAGGAUUAUUCUGCUUAAAGGCAACUUGAAAACUUCCCAUCGAAAACUUCGAUCUAAUACAAACCCCAGGAGUGAAUGUGAAUCAAAAUGAUGUGGCAUUUUACAGCAGACAGGCGAUUCAGCCCAUCGGUUGUGUGACAGCAGGAGCGUGCAGUGGGUGGAAGAUAUAAACUGGUGGAUGGUGGUGUUCUUGUGCAGGGAGAAAUCAGGAUUUACAAUGAGCACCUGAAGAUUUGUAGUUGCCUUGCUCUCCUGCUGUUGCUGGAUACACAAGCUGGGCCUAACUCUCACUGACCUGUCCAGUCUGUUUCACUUGGAAUGGGCCCAGUUCUCUCGGGCCGGGCCUAGUCCUCACAGACUGAGUCCAGUUUUCAUGGGCUAGGCUCAGUUAACGCAGGCUAGGCCCAACUCACACAGGCUCCACUUCUGUUCCCUUACCCAUUCUCCACAUGCAAGCCCAAUGCAUGAAGGGGCUGCGCACCCCCUCAGACACCUGCUAUCCCAGGAAACUCUAGUCAAUAGAAGAGAACCAGAGACACUUAGAAAUAAAUGUACUGGUGGUAUGGGUAGUCCCUCUGAAAGUGAAUAAGAUGAGUUGGGCCGGGUUUCUUCAACUGUGGGCUAUGAAGAGAGAUCAGACAGACUGCUCCUUGGAGUCUGGGGGACGUGAUUGAGCUGUAUAAAAUAAUGAGGAUCAUAGACAGGAAGGAACCUUCCCCCUUGAUGGAGGGAUCGGUGUCCAGAAGGCGUAGAUUUAAGAUAAGGGAAAGGAGGUUUAGAGGAGAUGUGUGGAAAAGGUUUUUCAUCCAGAGGGUGGUGGGAAUCUGGGCCUCAAUACCUGUAAGGAUGCGAGAGGCAGAAACCAUCAGAGCAUUGAAUAAGUACUAAGAUAUACACUUGCGAUAGCACGGCCCACAAGGCUAUGGGUCAAACAGUAGAAAUAGUUUGGUGGUUGCGAUGGGCCAAAGGGCCAUUUCUGUGCUGGGGAUUUCUAAGACUCUGAUUGGCUGAUGCUUGACUCUCAGUUCAACCACUACUCAUUAGUUUUAUUUGAAUCCCCCAUUUUUAACAUUCUUAUACAUGAUAAAGUGAAAUGUUCAAAGCAGUUCUGACAGGAAAAAAAAACUGAAGAAUCUUUACGAGUGCCUGGUGAUUUCCCUCCAGGGUUUCCACACUCUCUGUAGAAUUCUCGGAGACUCCGAAACAAUCCUGGAGAAUUGGCAACUCCAGAUUGAGCCAGUUCAAACCAGAUCCCCAGCCCUCCCCUCUCACUCCUCCUUCCCUCACUCACACUCCUCACUCCCUCAACAUGCACCCACUCCUCACUCACUCACUCCCUUCCUCACUAACUCAUUCCUCACUCUCUCAGUCACUCACUCCUCACUCACUCACUUCCUCUCACUCCUCAGUCACUCAUUCACUCUCUCACUCACUCACUCCCUCUCACUCCUCACUCGCUCCUCAGUCACUCAUUUACUCCUCAUUCACUCUCUCACUCACUCACUCCCUCUCACUCCUCACUCGCUCCUCAGUCACUCAUUCACUCACUCACUCACUCAAUAACUCAUUCCUCACUCACUCAUUCCUCACUUGCUUCCCCAUUUGCCCCCCCCACCACUUCCUCAUUUACUCCCAUGCUUCCUCAUUCACUCCCUCACUCAAUCACUCACUCAUUCUUGAGGAAAUCCAGCCUCCCAUCAGAAACAGGAUUUAAACUGCUCUGGGUUUAUUCCUUCGUUUGACAGAACAAGGCCCACAAUUUCCCAAAGCAACUGCUUGUGUCAUCCACGGCCGCUCGUCCUGAUUGACAGAAAAUCACAGGAAAAACUAAAUCUUCACCCCAGUCUCUCCUGAAGACAUCGUGGUCUCCUCACACCGGUCCAAGGGAAGUCCAGUUUGAUUGGAGAUUAUUGUGGAUCGUUGGUAGCAGCCCUUCCCCAUUAUUCCCAAAUGAUCAACUUCACACCCUGACCAAUCAAUCAGAUUGCUUGGGUGGACAGUUCCCGAUGGUGGGAUCUGUUUCCUGAUUAUCAAUGUCUUUCUAUUGAAACAUGCACAAAUCCUAGGAGACAUGACGGGGUAGGUAUAAAAAGAUUGUUCCCCCUAGUGCGAGAGUCUAGGACCAGAGGGUUAUCAUCACAGAAUAAGGGGUUCACACGUUUAAUAUAGAGGUGAAGAGGAAUUUCCUCUCUCGGAAGGGGAAGGAAUCUGAGGAAUUAUUUACCACAGAGGACACUACAGAGGCUGGACCACUAAUUAUAUUCAAGGCUGGGAUAGACAGAUUUUUAAUCAGGAAGGGAAUCGAUCAAGAGUCAUGAGAAAAAGGUGGAGUUGGGGAUUGUCAGAUCAGCCAUGAUCUCAUUGAAUAUUAGAGCAAACUAAAUGGGCUGAAUGGCCUACAUCGAUGCUGACAUCUUAUUGUUUUGUCAGAAAGUUUAGGGUGCAAGAAGUUAUAAAAGAUUUAAAAAAUUGUUUUAAUGUUGGCGUUUCUCCACUGAGGGGACAGUGUCCAGGUGACGGGCUGGCCAUGGGUAAUGUACAGAGUUACCUCUCUGCCCUCUGUUUCACCUCAGGGUUCCCCUUAGCCAUCCAACCUCACAAUCCGAUCUUACCUGCUCUUCCUGAGGGACUGUCCCCUGCCACCAACGCCAGGAUACAAUCCCUCCAUCCCUGUACCCCAACCCAAACCCUCUGCCCGCACGUCCCUGAAGGAAGUCCAACACCACAAUAAAAGCCAGCUUUAAGGAUUCUGUUACAGAUUGGUGAGCGGCCGGGCUGACAGACUAGGCGGAGGCUGGCAACGGUGGUGUUAGUUGGGAUGGGGGCUCCUGUUCUGACCUCCCAGCCCACGCACAGUGCUCGUAGGGUCUCUGCCCCGGUGCCAGACCCUCUCCAACUGUGUACCUCGAGCAAACUGUUCUGCAAUGUCACAUAUACAGCUUCAUUUCCAAGGCAGUGAGGUGAGGCCACCAUCUUGUCAUCGGCUGGCUGGAUAUAAGACACUGAGGGAUUGAUGAGCUCUGACCACAGUUUCCAAAUUGGACAGUUUACUUUCUCUGCAGGAUGAUUGGAGAAUGGGUCGUAGGAGCAAGCGGAAAAUUUCCGAAAGGUUUCUUUUCGUACAGGUUAUUUUUCGCAUUUCUCAGAAGGUUAUUUAUUGCAUCCAUGCAAAGAAGCUAAGCUGUAACCUGAUACCAGUCUACAUCUGCCCAGGACAGUGCUACUAGUGUCUAGCCACUGUACAGGAACGCAUUAAAUAUAUUGUCAAUAUUGAA